AUGUCACAUCAAUCCGUUGGUCCGGCACAACCAAAGGACCGCCCGAAAGGUGAAGCUCACGGAACGCCAAACGGGGUGAGUACUGUGGAUGGCGUAGACGGUAGCGCCGGUGGCAGUGCUCGUCGCAGCGUGGGCGCUGGUGAUGGUACUGCUGGCACCGAGCACCCCAACGCCGACACUAACGCCGCCCAUUUCGGCCUCUUCCACGACGAGAUUGAAGAACAGGUAGGAAAACUCCAAGAUGGAUGGGCCGUGAUCGACGGCGCGGUGGGUAACCUGUACCUCACGUUCGGCAAGUACGGCCAGAUCGUCACGACGGUGGGUGAACGGUACGGGAAGGAAGGAGUGCUCGAGGAGAAGAACCAGAGUCUACAAGCCGCAAAUGAGGUUCUCUGGGAGCGGAUACGAGAGAAUCAGGACAAACACGAGAAGGAGAAAUCCGACUUGUGCGCUGGAUAUGAAACCAAAUUGAAGGCACUGGCAGCGCAAGCGAAGGCGGGCGAGGAGGAGAAAAAGAGAUACGAGGACCUGGUGGAGCUUCACGAGGAACAAAAUGCCAGAGCGAGGCAGAAGAUCGAGACCAAGCUGCAGCAGAGGAUGAAGCAGCUGGAAACCGAGCAUGCUGCGAAAAUUGCGGGCCUGGAGAGCGACAAGGAGAACUUACUGCUUGACAAAGCAAAUCUGACACGGGUUUUGGAGGAAAGGACAAGGGAACGUGACGAGGAGAAGGAGACCCGUGAGACGAUGCAGACCAAGUUACGGGGGGAUGUUACAAAGCUGGAGAAGGACCUUGCCGACAUGAAGGCGAAAUACCGAGUGAAGACGCGGCCUUCUGAAUAUUAG